AGUUGCCCCCCGCAGCAUCCUGAGGUUAUCAAGAUCGUGAUGCGAUACUGGGAUCCGUUGGCUGCGUCGAGUGACCUAUAUAAUCCCAGCAACUCGGUCUCACGAUGUCACAUAUCCCUGCCCCGCCUCUCAUCCACCCCCACUGCUCUGUUGUCGUGAGCUGAGCGUUGAAAGCCGAGAUGGACGACUAUGAAUCAUACUUAUCCUUGAGUGGCUUUGGACCGGAAGACUCGUCCAGGAACCCUUUGCGUGUUGCGGAGGGCGGAGUGCGCAGUGUAGGCAAGCGAGUGACAGACCGCCUUCCUCAGCUCCUCAUGAAUAGUGUAUUGUUUGGCGCAUUCUCGAUGUUGAUCCCCCUGCUUGUGCUCACCGUGGUUUACCGUCGCAAAUUACCCCUUCCUAGGGCUGUCGUUGGUGGUGCAUGCUUCUUCAUGUACGGCUUGGCAGUGCUGCAGUGGGGGCUCGAAAUCUACACCCUGGUACUCAACGUACUGGGCUCUCUUGCUGUCAGAGAAGCAACAAUCCAAUGCCUGGACGAUACAAUUCGCGGAGCGACAUGCACCUUAAGUCCAGACGGAAUCGACCAGCUCCUCGAUUCCUCUUUACAGCUGUAUCCGCGCAUCCCCGCCAUGCCAUUAGCAGCCACCUUGAUUUUCGGCAAUAUGGCCAAUUCAAUUCUCGCCUACGAUCUAUUGCGGGGAGAGUCCGCCAUGCAGCGGUUCAUCGCGCUUCUCUUUUCUGUCACAACUAUUGUCGCGGGCCUCAGCCUGAACAAUGCUUCUGCGUCUCGCACAUACGCCAUCACACACGACCUCUUCGCGACUUUCAUCUUGUCCUGGGCAUUGAAUGUUUGGAUCGGUGGUUUGACCAUCUACAAAGCUCGGCACUCCGCGUGUCCACGGCCGGCAGGGUCACGCCAGGCCCUACUGCAUAAACUCCACAUCGCGGCCGCGGCACUACAUAGCGUACUCUGGACCGUCCUCGUUUACGGCGUUAUCUUCGCUCGAUAUCGGGCUUCCUCCAUGAGCUCGACCAGUUGGUACUGCGCUCUCGGGAUUCACCUCUUCAUCAGUUCUGGCUUCGUGCAUUUUACUGGCAUCUACAUUACCACGCAGUUUUUGCUGGUAGUAUACGCAGACGAUGAAGUGCAGGACGGUAUUUCUGCUGCCAAUUUGGAAGAUGCGUCAGACGUAUUACAGGAGGUGCUUUGACAUCUGGUAUACGCUGCUGGCCCACGAUUAUGACAUGAGGUGCUUCGCCGGCUCCGGUGGCUCUGCCCUGGCCAUUGAAUCAUUCUCCCCCAAUCCAAUAUCAAGACCUUACUAUUAUUUACAACACGUCUGAGUCGAGAGGCAGGAUGGUCAGUAUCAGCAAUCUAAGCAAUAGCAUUUCAGUUGAUGUUUUUAUGUCCCUGUAUGCUUGGAAUAUGGUCCAGAUCUUUCGAAACGAGUCCCCUGAUUCUUUUGGUUGUGGUCUAGCAGUGUUACCACAUGUGUUCCACGCCUAUAUCCUCCCCAACCUAAUCACCCGUGCAGCUAAGUUCAUCAAAGUUGGAAAUCAACCUCGGUGUCUGUUGGCUGUA